AAGCAUCACUGGCCCUUGAUCACCAGUCUGCCUCAGAUACUGGAAAAUGCACUACCCAAGACCUCAUCAACUCGCAGCUCUCCUCUGGGUGCUGGUUCUCUUCGAGCAUGGGAGUUACAACUUCGCCUCAACAGAAGCGCAAACUCAUUGGGAAGAAUUUGAUCUUUCGUAUCCCUUCGAAGGAUAUGACUAUCAAACAAGGCGCCGCAAGAAGUUCGUGAAGUAUGAUAUUCCUGCCACUUUUCUAGAGGCUAAAAAGGCCUGCAAAAAAAUGAAAGGUUUUCUUGCUCUUCCUAUUGCAAAUAAGCAGGAGAGACAAAUGCGCAAGGUUAUCGGCUUUGGGUUCUCCACGGAUCCUCUUUCAAUGCCUCCAGUAUACUGGCUCUGUGCAAAUGACAAAGCCAAGGAAGGAAAAUGGAUUCAUUGUAAGACAGGUCGUCCUUUGAAAUACAAAAACUUUCAUAAGGGGCAGCCUGACAACAAUAGCGGUUCUGAAGACUGCCUUGUUACGGGUCCUUAUCUUCGAGGGUGGAAUGAUGUAGACUGCAACAUCAAGGCAAACGGUUACAUCUGUGAAUAUUAGGAUUCUUAGAUAAUAUUGUUCACUGAAGAAACCAAACAUGUGCACGGUAACAAUACAGGAAAUGGACCUGUCGAACCAGAGCUCAUUGAGUGCUUGAGGAGCUAUUACCUGAUCACAUAUGGUAGCUGCCUGACUGUAUCACUGCAAUCUCUUCAUUGAAUUUACAGAUAGUAUUUUCUAUUACUUUUAUGCAGUAAAACCUACACUUAUUGAGUCAGACAAGUGUGUUAUGAGCUGUAUUAAAUAAGAGGUCAUUAAUCUGACCAGGCAGUAUAAUAAAAGUGUUAAAACUA